UUUUAUUUGGAAGAGCGAAGGGGUGGGAUCGGCCUGUCCGAGGAGCAAGUUGCCGUUUUUGUGGACCUGGGCGCCUGUUUGUCAAGAAGAAGGGGAAAUCGGUGGUGCAGUGCACUCUGAGCAACAAGCAAUCACCAUCUCUUCGGUACCUGCAACUCCCAGGCCGUGCGGAGAGAUUAGGGCGGAGUUCUCAUGGAGACAACGCUGCUCUCCAAGCCUACGCUUUCCGCUUCGUUCAUUGGCCAGAAACUGUGGAAUAGAAGAAAUUCGAAGAGUUCUUCCGUGUAUCGAUGGAAUCUCUCCAAGAGGCCCCCUUUGCCGAGUGCAUUGAGCUUAAUGGUCCCGAGGUGUGCAAUGGAUACAGCGUUUGGGGGCAACACUUCGAAGUUUCCCCGGGUGAAUAUUUGGGAUCCAUAUAAGCGCCUUGGUAUAAGCCGUGAUGCUUCUGAGGAAGAAGUGUGGAGUUCUCGCAAUUUUUUGCUAGAUCAGUAUGCCGGCCAUGAGAGAAGUAUGGAAGCCAUAGAAGCUGCUUUUGAGAAAAUACUGAUGACAAGCUUCCAGAAUAGAAAGAAGACAAAGAUUAACUUGAAGACGAGGCUGAAAAAGCAAGUUGAAGAUUCUCCACCAUGGGUCAAGAAUCUGCUCACUUUUGUGGAAAUGCCGUCUGGUGAUAUUAUUUUAAGACGAUUAUUCUUGUUUGGGUUUAUGGCGGUGUGGAGUGUAAUGAACUCAGCCGAGGCUGGACCUGCCUUCCAGGUAGCACUAUCAUUGGGAGCUUGCAUAUACUUCCUCAAUGACAAGACAAAGAGCAUAGCUAGAGCUUCCAUCAUUGGAUUUGGGGCCCUUGUUUUUGGAUGGGUUUUUGGUUCUGUAUUGGUUCCUGCAAUUCCGUCAUUUCUGCUCAAACCAACUUGGACACUUGAACUCCUAACAUCUCUGGUAGCUUUUGUCUUCCUGUUUAUUGCUUGUACUUUCCUCAAGUAACAUGUAAAACCAUAAUUCCAGAAUUUGUUAGUUUGCCAUUUUAUUUAAAGUAGUUAUAGGCAAAAUUUUAUCGACCCAAAUUUAGUAUCACUACCUUCCUGGAUAUUGAAGAUCUCAUUUGUGUCCUUUAUGAGUUUAUAUGUGCUAUGUAUUAAAGUUUCCAUUAGGGGAAAUUCUACAUCGCACCCCUUUGGUAUUUUACAUACUAUCGCAUUCUAUUUGAUAAAGGGCACCCGAUGCACAUUUGCACAAUUGCACCCUGUGGUAGUGUGGUGCAUAUUCUACUUUGAAGACGUAAAA